AUGUCACAGCAAGAUGGAGACGACACCACGCCCCUACUAUCAACACACAAUGAUGCCCCAGAAAAUCCAUUAAUAUUGGCAACAACAGCAUCAUCUAACUCUUUGAAUCCCACCACGGACUCAGUUGCAUCAAGAAAGAAACAAGGUGCUGCUAAUCCCAACCCCAAUGUUGUCCCAUUAAAACCACAUUCCUCCAAAGUUGCCAAAUCAAACAAGAUUGGACUACAAAGAACAAGCAGAACAUCCCAAAAAUUGAAACUUUUACCCGAAGAUCCCGAUUUAGACAGCAUGAUUAAAGGACAAGUCACAUCUGGUGGUGUUGGUGACGAUGAUGAUGACGAUGACGACGAUGCCGAAGGUGACGAUAAUUUCGCAACUAGACCUACUCGUGUCUACUCCCAAGUCAAGCGCAUCACCAAUACGUUUGCACGAAAGGAUGCUGAGACGUUGGGGAAACUGCAUAGGGAUAUGUUGCCUAGAGUCACGGCAUACUGCACUUGUGCAUCUUAUCGCAUGAAGGAUUUGCUCAGAUGGUUGAAGGAUAGGAAGCGGAUACACAAUACGAGUCCCAAGUUGUUUGACGAGUGUUUGUAUACGCCAUUCACGUAUAAGGAUUGGCGAAAUGAUAGCAAUUCUAACAACAAUGAUGCGGAUGAUGGAAAUGGCCACAAGUUGAUCAGAUUAGCUGAUGAAGGUGGGGAAAUCAAUAUUGGGAAACGAUCUGACUUGUUUGUGUUUGAGUAUGGAGUGGUUAUUAUGUGGGGUUUUACCCAGAAGGAAGAAGCUGCAUUUUUGGACGAUUUGGCCAAAUUUGAAAGUGAGAAACUAUCAGCUGAGGAUAUUCAAGUUGAGGAAUUUAACUACUACAUUACCAAGUCAUAUCAACCACGAAUCUACAACGACUUCAUAACGUUGAAAGAUGAUGAGAACUACAUGUUGAAACUCUCCAUAUCCCAUGCACUUGCCCAGUCAGUCAAGAUCUCCCUUUUUGAAGAGUUGGUUGAUAAUACAAUUGAAGAUACGCAAGAUAUACCGCAACAGAUUGCCCAUACUGGUAAAGUUGAAAUGUCAAGAGACGAAAUCAUGAAGUCCAUUGGAGAAUUGUUCAUUUUGCGAAUAAAUAUCAACUUGCAUGGAUCAGUAUUGGACUCUCCAGAAUUGAUGUGGGCCGAACCCCAUUUAGAACCUAUUUAUCAGGCAACAAGGGGGUACCUUGAGAUUAAUCAAAGGGUUGAGUUGUUGAAUCAGCGUCUCGAGGUGAUUUCUGACUUGUUGCAGUUGUUGAAGGAGCAGUUGGGUCAUUCGCAUGAGGAGAACUUGGAGUUUAUAGUUGUUGUUUUGGUUGGUGUUGAGGUUUUGGUUAGUAUUAUAAAUAUCAUCAUUGAUGUUUUGACGUACAAGAGGUAA